AUGCCCCCCGGUGUCAUCCACGCCUUCAAAAGUCUUAUCCGCCAUGGAAAGCACCACGCUGAAGUCGCUAAACACGACAACCACAUCUCCCAAGUUCCCCCAGAUCCGAGUCCAGAAGACACUGACAACUCACGUGGCUUACGUCACAACGUCCACAACAACCACCAUCCAGACAACCAGUCAAAGCCAAUGUCGCCCCCAGCGAGAGAGGUAGCAGAGCAAAUCGUCGAUGAGGAGCGCAAGGCAAAGGCAAAGAUGCCCUCCUACAAGGGCCUCGAGAAUUUCAGGCUUGAGGACAAGAUGGGAGACGGCGCCUUUUCCAAUGUCUAUCGUGCCGUCGACCUCACCUCUGGCAAAAAGGUCGCCAUCAAGGUCGUCCGCAAGUAUGAGCUUAAUUCCUCCCAGCGUGCAAAUAUUCUCAAGGAGGUCCAGAUUAUUCGGGGAACUUCUCAUCCCUCGAUCGUAAAACUUUACUCUUUCUCCGAGUCAGAGGAAUAUUAUUACCUCGUCAUGGAGUUGAUGGAAGGAGGAGAACUUUUCCACCAGAUCGUCAAGCUUACCUAUUUCAGCGAGAACCUUGCUCGUCAUGUCAUUUUGCAGGUAGCUCGUGGUAUUAGGUACCUACAUGAAGAACGUGGUGUCGUGCAUCGAGACAUCAAGCCAGAAAACCUUCUGUUCGAAAGAAUUCCCAUCAUCCCGUCAAAAAAUCCUAUACAUCGUCCCUAUGACGAAGAAAAGGAGGACGAGGGCGAGUUCAUUCCCGGCGUGGGUGGCGGCGGCAUUGGCCGCGUUAAAAUCGCCGAUUUUGGUCUCAGUAAAGUCGUCUGGAACGAGGAGACCAUGACCCCAUGCGGAACCGUUGGUUAUACUGCCCCGGAAAUUGUUAAAGAUGAACGAUACAGCAAAAGCGUCGAUAUGUGGGCCCUCGGCUGCGUUCUGUAUACCCUUCUUUGUGGUUUCCCCCCUUUCUACGAUGAGAGCAUAAAUGUUCUUACCGAAAAGGUCGCGAGGGGUUAUUAUACUUUCCUUAGUCCCUGGUGGGAUGAUAUCAGUCAUUCUGCUAAGGAUCUUAUAAGCCAUCUACUAUGCGUAGACCCUGCACAGCGUUAUACGAUCGACGAGUUCCUAAAUCACCCAUGGUGCAACGCAGCCCCAGCCCCAGCUCCUCCCGCCACCCCAUAUACGUACGGAAAUCUUAAGGAUCCACUUUCAAAUCAGCCACUCGAUUCUCCGCUUUUGUCGGCAGCCAGGGGUGGUCGCAUACACGAGGGACGCAGUCCUGGAAUCGCCACGCUCAAAGAGGCCUUUGAUAUUACCUAUGCGGUACACCGGAUGGAGGAAGAGGGUGCCAGGAGACGAAAGUAUAAUGGCCGCGGCGGUGCAGGUACUCGUGGAUUCUUAACCAACUUGAACGAGGACGACGAAGAGGAAACGGAAUAUGGCAGCGAAGAGACGAGUGACGACGAGGCGGCGCAACGCCGAUACCAACAAAACGCGGCGGAAGGUCAGCAGGCCCAUAUCCCUCAUGCAUCUGUUAUGGAAGGACGAGCUGGUCAGAGGGACCAAGGCGGCCGAGGCAGGGUUAUCACCGCUGCAGGCGCGGGCCAGCCUGAUCCUACCCAAAGUAAAACUCGAACACCUGGACGGUCAAGAGCUGCCCAUAAAGGAUUCGAGUUGGAUUUGGACGGUGCCACUCUUCUCGGACGCAGGGGUAAACGUGCAGUUGGGGUGUCGAGCCCUUUGAAGAUGGAGGGUUUGCACGUGAACGAUGAACGAGCCGGGAGCCCCAUGCAUCUAUAG